AUGGAGAACGCUGAGCAUCAUGACGGGACCGCCCAAGUGCAGAUCGACGAGGCCUACCUGCGUGCCGGAUGGUCUGUCAAGUUUUUCCGGGGCAUCCUGCUGCAGAUGAUCCUCUUUGGAGCGCUCUCGUUCGUUGGCCCCGCGAUAUCGGACGCCAUCUCCAACCUCGGCGGCGGCGGGCUGUCCAGCCCAUACCUGGCCAACCUGGCGACGUCGCUCAACUAUGCGGCGGGCUGCGUGGUGUCGCUGCUAGGCGGUCCGCUGAUCAACAAGCUCGGCAUCAAGUGGGCGUGCAUCAUCGCCGCCCUGGGCAUGCCACUGGCCGGGUCAGCGUUCUAUGUCAACGCCACCUCCGGCGUCAGCUGGUACCUUAUCCUGGCCAAGACGGUGAGCGGCAUCACCAACGGCUUCCUCUACGUUGCCGAGGCCACGGCCAUGCUGUCCUACCCCUACCCCAACGAUCGCGGCUUCUACCUGGGUGUCUGGUCCGCCAUGCGCAACUCGGGCAGCAUCAUCGGCGGUGGUAUCAACUUUGGCAACAACCACAACGUCUCGGUGGCCGGCGGCGUAGCCACGUCUACGUAUCUCAUCUUCUGUGGGAUCGAGUGCACGGGCAUCAUCUGGGCCUUCCUGCUUUCUCCCACGCGCAGGGUACGCCGCCGCGACGGCAGCAUGGUGCGUGUGCCGGAGCAGCUGAGCUGGAAGAGUGAGUUCGCGGCGCUGUGGCGGCACUUGCGGCGGCCCAAGAUGCAGCUCAUGUUUCUGCCGGCCUUCUACUCGUUCUUCCUGGGCGGCACCAUGGGCACCUACCUAUCGGUGCACUUUUCGGUGCGCGCCCGCGCCCUGUCGUCGCUGCUGCUUCCUUCCGUCACCGUCCCCACCGUCAUCAUCUACGGCAAGCUGCUCGACACGCGCCGCUGGUCGCAGCCAUUCCGCGCCUGGCUGGCCUUUGCCAUCUGGUUCGUCUGCCAGGCCGCCAGCUUCUGCUGGAUCGGUUACAACUACAGUGGCUUCGGCACCAACCGGCUCGCGCUGGACUACGGCCUUGACGGCUCCACCUGGGGCGUGGCGUACGGGCCCUACCUGCUCAUGUUCGUGACGAGUUACUGGGUCCAGGUCUCUAUGUACUGGAUCCUCGGCACCUUCACCACCGACGCUGCCAGCUCGGCCCGCACAGGCGGGCUGUUCCGCGGCUUUGAAACGCUCGGCCAGUGCGUCUCGUACGCCAUCAACUCCCAGAGCUACAUCGACAUCCGCAUCCCCUUCGCUGUCCACGCCGCCCUGCUGGCCGCCACCGUUCCCUGCAUGGUCCUCCUGAUCAGAAUGGUUCCCGAGAUGCCCGCCGACGUGGAUGUGGAUAUUGGUGAUUUGGUUGUACAGGGCGUGGCUGCUAAGCCCCAAGAAGCUGAGCAUAAAUAG